CAGCCUCCAUUUCAAAAUUCUGUGCUAAGAGAGGAGAUAUUAUAAACACAUUUAGAUUUUUUUUUGUUGUUGUGUGGAGCUGAAAACCAUGGCAUUUGCAGGAACAACCCAGAAAUGCAUGGCCUGUGACAAAACUGUCUAUCUGGUUGACAAGUUAACUGCUGACAACAGGGUUUAUCACAAGGCCUGUUUCAGGUGCCAUCACUGCAAAGGUACUUUGAAGCUUGGCAACUACAAUUCCUUUGAAGGCGUUUUGUACUGCAGGCCUCAUUUUGAUCAACUUUUCAAAAGAACUGGCAGUCUUAACAAAAGCUUUGAAGGUACACCAAAAAUUGCAAAACCAGAAAAACCAGUCGAUGGUGAGAAACCUGCUGCAACUAAAGUGUCGGGCAUGUUUGCUGGAACCAAAGAUAAAUGUUUUGGCUGUAAAAAUACUGUAUAUCCAACGGAGAGGGUUACAGUGAAUGGAACUCCUUACCACAAGAGUUGUUUCAAAUGCACACAUGGAGGAUGCGUGAUCAGCCCUUCAAAUUAUAUUGCACAUGAAGGCCGACUUUACUGCAAACACCACCAUGGUCAACUCAUCAAGGAAAAGGGGAACUUAAGCCAGCUUGAGGGUGAGCGCGAGGAGAAGAAAGUUAACGGGACUGAGGUUGCUGCUGAAUCCUAAUCUGUCAUUAACGUUUGCUCCUUUCUUCUAUAUAUCCCAUGUUCUGUUUUCCCAUGUUUCUACCCGGUUCACAUGUCCUGUAUUCUCGGUUCAAAUGUUAUUUUAAAACUAAAAGACAUUAAUUUGUUGAUAAUCUAAUAGAAGUGUUUGGCUUUUGUUUGUUAUAUUUGAAUGCUAUUGUGCAGCAUCUUGCAGACAAAUGAGAUGCCCAGACCAACAUGAGUCUCAGUAAUACACGUUGUCAAUGCUUGCUAUCAUUA